AUGAAAACUCUCGACGAGGGAUGCAGAGAGAUGUUCACUGGUUUGAAGAACGAUCCUUCAGUCUUCUUCGUCGCAUUGUGCAUCGUUUGUAGGCCGUCCAGCCCUGGAGGAUCGUAUCCGAGCGGCCCUGGCAUAUCUUGGCCGAGCGCAGCCCUGAAAUUGUACCGGGAAUCACGUUUGUCAUCGCUGCGCAUGAACCCAGUGCCGGGCACGAGCCCGUAUGGCAAGGUAGUUCGCAGUGCAGAGCUCAAGUGUUUGUUGCUCACAGGCGAGUUCGUCUACACGGGCAAGGCGAAGGGUAAGUCUUUCCUCUCCCGCAUUGUCGACGUUCGGCAGCACGCUCAGCUGCCUCAAGACGAACGCGAGAAGUUUGCUCAGGAUGGUCACACCGGUGAGUUUUUUCUAGCCCAGUGGUGUUCUGUUGUGGGAGAUGAUGACAAGAAAUUCCCGACGAGCUCCAUGAAUGUCAGGCAGCGGGCUUUAACCGCUGGCUUAAAAGAAGUCGUGCUUUGCUCAGACGCGUCUUGGUAUCCUGUCGACUGCGUGCUAGGUGUGGCAGUUGUGUGGCCGAUAGAUGAUGCUUGUGACAAGUUGGUGCUGCUGCAUGGCAUGGAGCACGUCUACGUCAUGAGUCAUCAGCAGAUGCCCGAUGGCUCAUUAUCUUCGAUGGAAGGGCAAAGCCAUAACUUUUCUACGUUCCCUGAGACUGAUCCGCAGCUGGGCAAGGACAAGAAUGGGGAAGACUUGCUGUAUGAGAGCUUCACUUCAAAGCAGUGGCUACUGCGGACCAUGCUUCGAACGAGGAUCACCGGAUUGCUUGGAAAAACAAAACCGGGGUGCUGCAACAGCGAGAUCAUCCCAGGUGUUGAUCAGCAGACAUGGGCCAUGAUCGAGACUGGUUUCAGUGGCGGUGGAAUCCGACAUUUCAGCGCACCCAGGAGCGUAAACGGUUACUUGAGUGACACUUACAGGCCAGCAUUGCAUCGGGUAACAAGCAAAUCGACUUUUUCAGCUAUCAAGGUGGACCGGGCUCCUGGGUUUAAGCAUGUGAGUCUAUUCCUGGGCAACUACUGGAAUGUGUUUUGCUCUCAGACCUUGCAGAGACAAGCUGCAUCAAUGUCCGAACAGAGCCAUCCGUAUGCUCCGCUCGAAUGCGUGAGAGCUAUUGUGGAGAUGGUGUCAGCUGUUGGCGAUGCAGAUGAAGAACAUCUCCAGGCUCUUGCACUGGAGUUGGGUCUUGAACCUACGUCCGAAGCUUCCGUCUUUGUGUCUGAAAUACGAUGCUGA